UCUUCUGUUUGGAGUUUACUGUCGAUCUGGCGAAUCUCUGGUUUUUUAGUUGUUCUUUGGGUGCCAGCGACUCAGCUAUGGAAAAUUUAGUUUGGUUCAGACUGGUCUUCCUGGCCGUUUUGGUGGGCUGUGCCUCCGCAGGCAAUGGCAUGGAUUCCCUGAAAUCCAAUCACAGCUUACGCAGUCGAGGAGUAACCUACAUGCACGAGAAGAUUCAUCUGCUCCAUCGCCAGAAGCGAUGGCUCACCUUUGAACUGGGUUCAUCUCUAACAGUUACAGCCAACUGCGCCAAGGCCAUUUUAGAAACCAUACCAAGAGGACUUCUUUGGCUGGCGGAGAUCACAAGUCUCUAUGAACUGCCAGCUGCCAUUGAAGAUUGGAUACCUCGGCAUGUGGGCAAGCCAAAAAUCAAGCCUAUUCCUCCACCGCCGCCGCCUCCUCCUCCACCGCCACCACCUCCUCCUCCACCACCACCACCACCAUCCUCUCUAGGAUCACCAACUCCUUUUCAAGCGCAACCCAUAAUUGUGCCCCUCAAUCCCUCGGAUCCCAUUCAGUCCUUUUACUUCGCCUAUCCGCAAGGCAUUCCCACCUUGGGCAAUCGCAGGUCCUUUUCGCAGCCGAUGCAGCAGGGAUGUCCUGCCUCGCACUUGGUGAAGGACAUGUACGGAACCUACUACUGCCGACCAUCUGCCAUCAGUCGCAGGUUGAGACGAGAGCUGGAGAGCCGGGGAACGAAGGUGAUCAACGAGUCACAGAACCCACACGGAAUGCUCUUCGACCUCCUGUCCAUGAUGUCAAUUAUGUAUAAUUACCAACCAGAUUACUGCAUCAUGCGGACAUUGUGCGAGGCGCGUCAUCUGCUGGCUCCGCCGGGCUUCACGCUCUUCCACGACGUCUUCCGCAUCAUGCUGCGCUACGUGCAUCCGGAGAUUGCCCAUAAGGCCAAGUAUCGGGAGGCCUUCACCGCCGGCCAUUCGCUGCAUAAGUGUGCCACUUUGUACGGACCGCAUUGCCGCCAGAGUUUUCUGCUGCUCAUCAGCGAACGGUUUCUGGGGAAAAGCGCCAGUUGAUUAAAAUAAAUAAGCGAAAUGCGAAAAACAAGUCAGUGAAUUUAUCGAAAUGCGCCGGUCAGCAGGGCGCCAGCUAACU